CGGGUGCGAGCGGGAGGAUCCCAGCCCCCUUCCUCGCGGCGGAGGGGGCAGAGAGCGAGCGCACGGAGGAGGAGGAGGGUCGGCUCCGGCGCCUCCCCCCUUCCCCGCCUCCCUGCCCGCCGAGCGCAGCGCCCCGAGCAUGGAGCCUGCCUGAGACGCUCCGCGGGCUCCGGCAGCUGCUGCUGCGGCACAACAUGGAGGCGGCGCCGCCGCUCCCGCUGCUGCUGCUGCUGCUGCGGCUCUUGGCCGCCUCGGUGCUUCGGUGCGAGCCGGGCUCGGCCGGGGCAUCUCCCUUUCUGCUUUUUGCCAACCGUCGGGAUGUUCGGCUCGUGGAUGCUGGAGGCACGAAGCUGGAGUCCACUGUGGUGGUCAGUGGUUUAGAAGAUGCUGCUGCGGUUGACUUCCAGUAUUCACAAGGCAUCGUUUUCUGGACAGAUGUGAGUGAAGAAGCCAUCAAGCAAACUUACAUUAACCAAACUGGGAAUGUGGUACAGAAUGUCAUCAUUUCUGGUCUGGUUUCCCCGGAUGGCCUGGCAUGUGAUUGGAUUGGGAAAAAGCUUUACUGGACGGAUUCAGAAACCAAUAGGAUAGAAGUAGCUAAUCUCAAUGGAACAUCUAGAAAAGUCCUCUUCUGGCAAGACCUUGAUCAGCCCAGGGCAAUAGCUUUGGAUCCUGCUCAUGGGUACAUGUAUUGGACUGACUGGGGUGAAACCCCCAGAAUAGAACGAGCAGGAAUGGACAGCAGCACACGAAAAAUAAUUGUCGAUUCAGAUAUUUAUUGGCCAAAUGGACUCACAAUAGAUCUUGAUGAGCAGAAACUUUACUGGGCUGAUGCAAAACUGAGUUUCAUUCAUAGAGCAAAUCUGGAUGGUUCCUUUAGGCAAAAAGUCGUUGAAGGUAGUCUUACUCAUCCAUUUGCACUGACAUUGUCUGGAGACACUUUGUAUUGGACGGACUGGCAGACACGCUCCAUUCAUGCCUGUAACAAAAGGACGGGAGAGAAAAGGAGAGAAAUCCUGAGUGCCCUGUAUUCACCGAUGGACAUCCAAGUCUUGAGUCCCGACCGACAGCCAUACUUUCACACUCCGUGCGAAGAAAACAAUGGUGGUUGCUCCCAUUUGUGCCUGCUGUCUCCGAGAGACCCCUUCUACAGUUGUGCCUGUCCCACGGGUGUGCAGCUAGAAGAUGACGGCAGGACGUGCAAAUCAGGCGCUGAAGAAGUCUUGUUGCUUGCUAGAAGGACUGACUUGAGAAGGAUCUCCCUGGACAUGCCAGAUUUCACUGACAUUAUUCUGCAGAUAGACAAUAUCAGACAUGCGAUUGCCAUAGACUAUGAUCCCGUGGAAGGCUACAUCUACUGGACGGAUGAUGAUGUCCGGGCAAUUCGUCGUGCCUAUCUUGAUGGCUCUGGAGCACAGACUCUGGUAACCACAGAAAUCAACCAUCCGGAUGGUAUUGCUGUAGACUGGGUGGCAAGGAACCUGUACUGGACUGACACUGGAACAGACCGCAUCGAAGUGACCCGCUUGAACGGGACGUCAAGAAAGAUCCUUAUCUCAGAAAACCUAGAUGAGCCCCGAGCAAUAGUGCUCAAUCCUGUAAUGGGCUACAUGUAUUGGACAGACUGGGGUGAAAGUCCAAAGAUAGAAUGUGCUUAUCUGGAUGGCUCAGAGAGGAGAGUUCUGGUGAAUACGUCCCUAGGUUGGCCUAACGGCUUGGCAUUGGAUCUUGAAGAAGACAAACUUUACUGGGGAGAUGCAAAAACAGAUAAAAUUGAGGUCAUAAAUGUUGAUGGAACAAUGAGGAAAACCCUCCUGGAAGAUAAGCUGCCGCAUAUAUUUGGGUUCACGCUGCUGGGAGAUUACAUCUACUGGACUGACUGGCAGAGACGAAGCAUUGAAAGGGUGCACAAGAUAAAGGCUAGCAGAGACAUCAUUAUCGAUCAGCUGCCAGACUUAAUGGGCCUUAAAGCAACAAGUGUUACCAAAGUGUUUGGAACUAAUCCCUGUGCAGAGAACAACGGAGGCUGCAGCCAUCUGUGUUUCUUUACACCCCAGGAGACCAGGUGUGCCUGUCCCAUUGGCCUUGAGCUGUUGAGUGACAUGAAGACUUGCAUCAUUCCUGAAGCCUUCUUAGUUUUCACCAGCAGAGCAGCGAUUCAUAGGAUUUCCCUCGAAACCAAUAAUAAUGAUGUUGCUAUUCCUCUUACUGGAGUCAAGGAGGCAUCUGCUCUGGAUUUUGAUGUGUCUGAUAACAGAAUCUAUUGGACUGAUGUUAGUUUGAAGACCAUAAGCCGAGCUUUCAUGAAUGGGAGCUCUGUUGAACAUGUGAUUGAGUUUGGACUAGAUUAUCCAGAGGGGAUGGCUGUGGACUGGAUGGGAAAGAACCUCUACUGGGCAGAUACUGGAACCAAUCGAAUUGAAGUGGCUCGCCUGGAUGGACAGUUCAGGCAGGUUCUUGUGUGGAAGGACUUGGACAACCCAAGGUCUUUAGCUCUUGAUCCUACCAAAGGGUACAUGUACUGGACAGAAUGGGGAGGUAAACCUAGGAUUGUUCGGGCGUAUAUGGAUGGAACAAACAGCAUCACUUUGGUGGAUAAAGUGGGUCGUGCCAAUGAUCUCACCAUUGAUUACGCAGACCAAAGGCUGUAUUGGACUGACUUAGAUACAAGCAUGAUUGAGUCGUCGAAUAUGCUAGGACAAGAAAGAGAAAUCAUAGCAGAUGAUCUACCUCAUCCCUUUGGAUUAACCCAAUACAGUGACUACAUCUACUGGACAGACUGGAAUCUUCACAGUAUAGAAAGAGCAGACAAGACCAAUGGGAAGAACAGGACACUUAUUCAGGGCCAUCUGGAUUUUGUGAUGGAUAUAUUGGUCUUUCAUUCUUCACGCCAGGAUGGCUUGAACGAUUGUGUGCAAAACAACGGCCACUGCGGCCACCUGUGCCUCGCCAUACCAAAUGGAUUUAGGUGCGGCUGUGCUGCUCAUUACACCUUGGAUCCCAACAGCAGGAACUGUAGCUCCCCUACCAGCUUCCUAUUGUUUAGCCAGAAGUCUGCAAUCAGUCGGAUGAUACCAGAUGACCAGCAAAGUCCAGAUAUCAUCCUGCCUAUGCAUGGUCUAAGGAACGUCAAGGCUAUAGAUUAUGAUCCCUUAGAUAAAUUGAUCUAUUGGGUGGAUGGACGUCAGAAUAUUAUAAAAAGAGCCAAAGAUGAUGGCACUCAGCCUUUCACUGUCAUGAGUACUCCAAACCAAAGCCAGAAUCCAGAGAAGCAGCCACACGACCUCAGCAUCGAUAUAUACAGCCACACGUUGUACUGGACCUGCGAGGCCACAAACUCGGUCAACGUGCAUAGGCUGAACGGCGAGUCGAUUGGAAUGGUGUUGCGCGGGGAUCACGACAAGCCCAGGGCCAUUGUAGUGAACGCGGAGCGAGGGUACAUGUACUUCACCAACAUGCAAGAGCGAGCUCCCAAGAUUGAGCGUGCUGCCCUUGACGGCACAGAGAGAGAAGUGCUUUUUACAACUGGGUUGAUCCGGCCAGUAGCACUGGUGAUUGACAACAAGCUUGGGAAGCUUUUCUGGGUGGAUGCAGAUCUGAAGCGCAUCGAAAGCUGUGACUUGUCAGGUGCUAACCGUGUGACCUUGGAGGACUCCAACAUCCUUCAGCCAAUGGGACUGACUGUGCUGGGUAAUCACUUGUACUGGAUUGAUCGUCAGCAGCAGAUGAUCGAGAGGGUGGAGAAAACCAACGGGUACAAAAGGACCAGAAUUCAAGGCCGAAUUGCUCACCUAACAGGCAUUCAUGCGGUGGAGGAGCUCGAUAUGGAGGAAUUCUCUGCGCAUCCAUGUUCUCGUGACAACGGCGGGUGUUCACACAUCUGCAUUGCCAAAGGGGACGGGACUCCGAGAUGUUCAUGCCCAGAGCACCUCGUGCUUCUGCAGAAUCUCUUAACGUGUGGAGAACCCCCAACUUGCUCCCCAGACCAGUUUACCUGUGCAACUGGAGAGAUUGACUGCAUCCCAAUGGCGUGGCGGUGUGACGGGUUUCCAGAGUGUGAUGAUCAGAGUGAUGAAGAUAGCUGCCCCAUAUGCUCUGCAUCCCAGUUCCAGUGUGAGAAAGGACAGUGUAUCGACGCUCACUUGCGGUGCAAUGGAGAAAUUGACUGCCAAGAUAAAUCUGAUGAAGCAGAUUGUGAUACAAUCUGUCUACCCAAUCAGUUCCGAUGUGCCAGCGGCCAGUGCAUCCUCCUGAAGCAACAGUGUGACUCCUUUCCAGAUUGCAUUGACGGUUCGGAUGAGCUCAUGUGUGAAAAAACAAAGCCAGCCUCAGACGAGCCACAGCCACACAGCAGUGCCAUUGGGCCUGUCAUUGGUAUAAUACUGUCCCUUUUUGUCAUGGGAGGAAUGUAUUUUGUUUGCCAGCGAGUAGUGUGUCAGCGCUAUGCCGGGCCCAACAGCCCUUUUCCACAUGAGUAUGUCAGCGGCACCCCUCAUGUCCCGCUGAAUUUUAUUGCUCCAGGAAGUUCUCAGCAUGGCACUUUUACUGGUAAGGACGGCAUCUCUUGUGGAAAGUCUAUGAUUAGCUCCAUGAGUCUCAUGGGAGGAAGCAGUGGUGCCCCCUUAUAUGACAGAAACCAUGUUACUGGAGCCUCUUCUAGUAGCUCAUCCAGCACAAAAGCCACUUUCUACCCACAGAUCCUGAAUCCACCUCCUUCCCCAGCAACCGAUCGCUCCCUGUAUAACACAGAGAUGUUCUAUUCCUCAAACAUUCCUUCAACCACGAGAUCUUACAGACCAUACCUUAUACGAGGGAUAGCUCCCCCCACAACCCCGUGCAGCACAGAUGUGUGCGACAGCGACUACACGACCAGUCGGUGGAAGGCCAACAAAUACUACAUUGAUUUAAAUUCAGACUCAGACCCUUAUCCCCCUCCCCCAACACCUCGCAGCCAGUACAUGUCGGCAGAAGAAAGCUGUCCCCCGUCUCCGGCCACGGAACGAAGCUAUUUCCACCUCUACCCCCCUCCGCCCUCUCCUUGUACAGACUCCUCAUGACCUCAACAGAAGGAACUUUCCUGUAAAUAUUUUUAAAUAUGAACAGAUUUAAAAUAUAUAUUUUAUGAUUUAAAAAUAAAUAGGGGUGGGAAUUUUAAAAAGAAAAGAAAUGUGAAUAAAAACGGGUGGGAGGGAUGGGGCUGUGAAAAAUUGUACAGAGGAAGAAUAUUUAUAAAAUUGAUUUUUUUAAUUUAAUUUCCAUUCUUUUGUGCCAUAUUUGCUGUUUUGAAUUGAAGUCAUGAAAGUGACUUAAUCUCCAAAGCAUUUGGGGAGGGAAUGUUGAGCCUUUUUGCGUUUUUUUAAGUCACCUUUUUACUUGUAAAGUAUAUGUAAUUCUUUUUAUUAACGUGAGAAAAGAAAGAGAAGGGGCUUGUGGGAGGAGCAAGCUAAAGACAGAUUAAGGUUAUUCACAGAGGAAAAAAACAUUUUAAAAUAAAAAUUAUUUGUCACUACUUCUCAUCCCCUCUCCACCACUGAGAGCAGACAUGCAAAAAAAAAAACGCUCGGAUGCUCCUGUUUGCCAGCGAGCUGAAUGCUUCCCAGCAGAACCUGUGUGCCGAGACCUGGAUUUUGAACUUCCCCCUCCGUUUGCUCAGCAUCAAACUGGAAGAGUUUCUUUGGGCCAUACCUUCCAGCUUAAGCAGGCCCACGGGCAUCAGGCCCUAGCUCCUGCCAGUGCAGCUCCUUGCGUGGCCAAUUCUGGAACUGAUUCAGGCUAAAAAGACAACCAGCCCUAAAACGCCGGGUUUAUCUCCAGUCAGUUCCCCACUUUGAGUCAGUGCAAGGCUGCAGAAGCAGUUGUACUGACCCGGAGCUGUGAGCACAGGGCAGGUUUAAAGUGGUAUUUCAGCCAAAAGAAACGUUUGACAAGCUUUGGUUGGACUCACCAUUUUGGUGUGAUGAAACCAAGCUCCUUCAGCCUCUCUCGCAGCCGCUUCUCUGGGAAGGUGCUGUCAGGGUCAGCUUCAUCCCAAAAGGCAGUGGUAGCUGUUUUUCCCAGAAGUCUGGCAAUUCACCCUGUUGGAUCUCUGAGAUGCUCUCCGGUGUUGAACUCAUCAGGGAAUUGCUUCAUUUCAAAUGUCCAUUUCCCAAGGUAGAAUGAUGUGGUCACUUUUAUUCAUUUAAAUGAGGGAAGUUGUUUGGUUUUUUGUUGGUGUGUGUAGAAAACGGUAUCUGCAUAGCUCAAAACCAGAAUCUGUGCCACUCAAACAGUUCAGCUGUGGUUUCAUGAAAAUUUACCAGAGAAUUAGUGCAGUUUGGAAAUAGAUAGAAAAAGCAUAGGGGAGGAAGGAAGGGAGACAAAAUACUUCUAACUGUCCUUAAAAAAAAAAAAAAAAAAAAAAAAAAAAAAGAAGAAGGAGGAAACUCUUUGACAAACUGCUGUAUCAUUAGGACAUCAUGAUCAGCAAAGUGCUCAUGCAACCUUGCCAAAAAACCCCUUGGGCGUGGGGGGCUAGGAUCAGCCUCUUUCACAAUACAGAAGAGAGAUUUUUGCUUUGACUCCCCUCUUGCUAUAACGAAAGGGCUCAAGUACUGUAUAAAUCCAGCGCUGGUGAUGAUGAUGUGAAUGCCUGUUUGAGACAUCUGAGGGAAGAUCUGAAUACGCAGACCUGCACCUGUUCCUGCAGCUGCCAAAUAACAGAUGUGUUGGGCCUUUGACAGCCUUAAUAUUGCUGGCAACAAUGAAAACUUUCUUUUUGAAUUUAAAUUGUAUUUGAUUUGGGUUUUUUUUUUUUAGCAAGUCUUUUGAGAGCACUUCAGAGGAAGCCCACAGCUCUGGGCCAGGGGUCUUUGUUCCCAGCGGUGGAGGGGCUGGGACCACAGCGACCUGGUCCAGUUUGGGUUUUCAGAUUUGUUAGUCCAGUUCUGCUCGUCCUGCCUUCGUUGUCCAAGAGCAGGAUGUGUCGUCACCGGUGUAUUAUUAACAUUCUUUAAGUAGCUUUCAUUACCUUCAUGCGUAGGGUUCACUGGUUCACUUCUGAGGCUGAGAUUCGGCACAGAGAUGCCUGCCGCUUUGCGUGGAGAAAAAUACCAUAUUGGAGAAUGCAGUAUUGGAGUUUAAGAACGGGUUAUCUUCCCCCAUCCGCUGGCAACCUAAGUAAUUCUGCGGUGUGCCAGGAGUGACAGGGUCGUAGUUUGUUGAUUUCAGAGUGACUUGGUCGAUCUCUGAACAAGUGUUAAUGAUUUGGUGAAAUGAAGAGCACUUUUCAUGUGAUCGUGUUUCAGUCAAAUAAGUAACGAAUAUGGGUCCACGGGAUAUUGUAUGUAUCAUAUCCAUCAUAUAAAUGAAUGCUUGUUCUGCACUACAGCAGUUGGUAGUCCAAUUUCACAUGUCAUAUUUAACUUUGUGCAUGAUAACUAUUCACCAACUGUGGUGAAUUCAUUAUUUUAGUUGUUUGAUGUUAGAGUUAUAGCUUAAAGAACAUGGCACAUUAAUUUUCCUGUGUUCCUGUGAUGACACUGGAUGCAAAUUUUCCUUACGCCACUGAUCAUUUUAACACUCUUAACCACUUUAUCUGAAGACUCGUAUCCUAUUACAAAGUUUGGAGUUGAGUCCAAGAACAUUAGCAGUCUUUUACUGAGAGCUAAGCUGUCCUGAGGGUCAAGCUCUCUUGGACCUUAGGUAUUCAGAAGGUAGGAGGUGCUUCUGGCCGAACAGGAUGAAUUGUGUGUGUACAGUUUUUAAUUUCAUUUAGACAUUCAGAGCCUCUUGCUGCUGAUAUUUGCUGAGAAAUUACCUCAUCUGAAACACCUGUGGUUUGGCGAGCAGGAUCUAAGCCCCACACCACUCCAUAACACUGGCUUGGAAUUGGUAGACUCAAUAUGCUUUGAAAGGGUUACCGCACUUCUGGUGCCGGAAAAGGCCAUAUAUUUCAGUAAGAGGAGUCACUUUGCUCUCCAGAAAUACACUCCUGGUAAGGUGUGGUUUGCAUCCUGUGAACUUUCAGGCUGAAACUUGGAAACUGGAUGCUAUUUUCUUCUAUAUCAGGAUGAGGGAAAGAGUUAGAUAGACCUACUGGUACUGCAUGCAAAUGACAAGUUGUGGCAGUUCUGGGUUGAACAGAUAAUAAAAUGGGGAGAAGUUAUGUUUUGGUGGGUCUUAUGCAUAGUUUUACUAGUGCAAAAGUGUGCUAUGAGAAAGCUGGUUGAAAUUUUAUAGAAGUUCUUCCCUGAGAACUUGCAGGGGGAUGCAUGCAUUUGGAUUAUCUGUUUUAGCUUGCGAGUACUUGAAUUGGUUUAUUCAAAUAUUUUCUGUGCUCAUUGUGAUUGUACGUUAGCACUUGAAGCAGCUCAUAGCUGCUACUAAUGGGCAAAGCGUAUGGUUGAUUCCGUGUUAAAUUUAAGAGACAGAUUUCCGAGCAGAGAGCAGCUUUCCUGUCUUCCAGCUCAGUCGUGAAAGCGGUUACUCGGGUCCUCUUGUCUUCUGUGGACUUUGUCCUAACUGCGGGACAGAGGUAGCAGCAGUGCGAGGCCGUAAGGAAAAUGGGUAGAUUCGUAAGUCAGGAUCUUCGGGAGUGAAGUAUCCUUGAAUUCCAAGCAAAGACUUGUGUAAAUUAUAGCUUUACUCUACUUGAGCCAGACCGGCCAACAACCACUGCACCCUGCAAUUUGCAACGCCGGUAAUAAAUUUGUUCCACUACUGCUGGAUGAUUCUGGGAAAACUUCGUUAGCACAUCGUCUCUGCCAUCUCACUGUUUCAGCCUCCCUCUGUCCGGAGGGGUCUCGAACAGCAUUAAAGCAAAGAUUAGGCUGAAUUUGUAUAUAUGACAAGUCGUGGUAUUUUCUUUACAAUAGUGUCAUAGUACCUAACGCCCCAGGUCUGAAAAUGAGACCGGGCCACUACAGCCAGGUCCAAAGAAGCAGGCUGAAAUGAGUGGAGCCAUGUUUCUCCUUUUUGAGUAAUAGACUUGAUUUAUAAUACACGUUGAUCUCUCUGGCUUGCAAAGGAUGCAAGCACUCCCCGGUGGGUUCCCGUGCUUUAUAAACGUGCUCAGUCAAACUUCACCUAAGUCGCGCGUCCUGUUUGCUUCAAGCAUAUUCAGAAGCAGAUUUCUUCCGAUGUCAGUCGCUUUGAUGGGGUAUAUGUUGAGUCAGUCCGAAUGGGUAGCUGUGCUUAUAAUUGUACUACAAGUGAUCUCCAUUAACGUCAGGAAAUGAAAACAGAAGGCAGGCAUGUUCCCAAUCGUUAUAACACACAAGAGUGCCUGGCGUGGAGCCCUGAAUUAGAAAUAACAUUUUUGCUGGUACGGUGCUGAGGGACAUUUUAUAAAUUUCCAUGUUUGGUCUGAGCCUUAGACAAGCCAGCGUCAAAGAUGGCAGUCAUUUACAGAUCAGUUAUUCAGUUGUUUCUGUGUUUAAAUGGAUUUUGAGGCCAGUGCUUGCUGGAAGUUUGACUUGUCCAUAAAAGACUCGGGGAAGGCCGAGUCCCAAAGGCUGAGAGGUGUCUGCCGGUUCUGCUGCAGCCGGUCCCUUAGGUACCGCAACAGUUUCUGUUCAUCGUUAAAUGUUAAAAAACCCAUUCUUCAACUAUUGUGAGUUAAGCUAAACAACUUAAGGUAUUUGCUAAAUGGAAUAUUAAUACACAUCAAUGUUUUUAAUCUUGUCCUGUCUUCUAGCUCUGCUUCCUGUGAACACUUACUAAAGGUUUUGUACUUUGAAGGGUGGUUUUGUAAAAGGUGAGGGGUUUUUUUAAGUUGUUUAUUUUGAGGUUGUACUACUCUGUGGGUGUUUUCACAUAAGAGCGUACUCCCUGGGGGGAGAAAGGAGAAAUCAGUAUUAAAUCAGCAUUAAAUCAGCGUUAAGCCUGCUGAUAGCAGUGAGGGAAACCAGUGUGACGCAGAUGGCUUCCACGUUUCACGAGAGGCUUCCCCAAACUGCAAGCAGUGCCGUGCUGACGGCCCGCGCCACGUCCCCCUGCCCGCGUGCCGCCGUGUCCUGGCUGCUCCCGCGCAGGUCGCAGACCCCAUCGUGGCUGACCCGGCGAGCCGGGCUUGCUUCCCCCAGCCAGCACAGGCUCAGGCGCCUGCCGGAGGGAGGAUCGCAAUGGUGAGACCUAGCCGGGGCAUGUUGCAUCAGCAAAACAAGUGUGGAGAAGACAUCUAGAAUGAGUGACGAGAGAAGGAAAGCAAGCUGGGCAGCUGCAGCAAGCGAUGGACUGAUUCACCUGCAUCCAUGUCCUCGAAAAGCAAAUAGUCCCACCGACACACCUUUCUCCAAACCAAGAACCACGCUACUCCCGCGCCAGCCCUCCGGAGCUGCUCGACACAGGGAGGGAUGUUCUGGUUUGCUUUGUACAGAGGUCCGGACAGAAGUGCAGUCCGUAUACACGUACCGAAGUCUUUUGGUUGCACCUAGGAACACAACAGGAGCAGCACUUUUUGCUGUUGCACGUGAAAUUUGGAGGGCAUUGCAAACAAAACUCUAACCCAGACUGCUUUCUUUCUUUCUUAAGUGUAUCGCAAUUGCUGCUAUUGUAAAAUGUACAGGAAUAUACAAAGAUUACCAAGAAUUUUUAUGAUUAAAAAAAAUCCCACACAAUCUUACUUUUAUAUUUAUAUGAAAAUGUGUAUCCUGCAAACAGCCUAAUUAUUACAGCUUUAUAUGUGUAUCAUUUUGUAGAAAUCAUUAUUACAAGAGGCAACCAAACCCAAUACUUAAGUGCCUUGGGUAUCCUAAAAGCUCAGCAUAUUGACUGGGGAAAAAAAGUAAAGCCUUAAAUCACAAGUGCCCCCAGAGUCACGUGUUGAUUGUACUCGGCUGGUGUUAACAAAGCUUUGUCUCAUGGUUAGAGGUCUCUUCAUUUAAAAUAAAUACACUCGCAAGUCGUGGAACGAACUGAAAACUGGUAAGUUCUGAAUUUUUUUUAGCGCACAUGUCUCGAGUUUGUAGUACCUUGGAAUUUCUCUCAAACGCAUUAGUCCACAUGAACUUUGAUUUAUAUAUAUAUCCGUAUCUAUUUCAACAACAAUCUUGCUAUCCAUUAAAAAUGCAUUACAUUAAAAGCAAAUGCCAGCAGCUCACGGUAUGUAUUUUGGGAUUAAAUUGACAUUAUUUUCCGAAUGUCACUACAGUAUUUCUCAUUAAAGCCAUAAAAAUUUUGUCUUGUUACAGAAAGUCUUUACCAGUUAUUUUUCAAAGUAUGGUUUUCUAGCAUAAAAAUGAACCUUGUGAAACUGUCUUAUGAAAAAAUUGUUUGAGGCUUUCAUUGCCAGUAAUGAAACCAUUUCAUUUUCAGGUCUUGAAACUGCAAUGUUUCGUCAAGUUAAUAAAACCCAAAAUCUUAUUUGAAGUAACUGUUGUUUUGUAUAAAUAUCUGUAAAGUUAACAAACUCUGCAUUUGUACUGUAGAUAUUGUGGAUUCUGUUUUAUAAUAAAUAUUUUUGAAAGAUUUGA